UUAUGUGCAAUGUUUACUGAUUUCUGCUAUUUAAUUUUUUUGGUGGAUACCUCUGUCUAAGAUGUUUAUAUCUCAUUUUAUCAACCUAAGACAUUAUCUGUUGACUUACUGUGGACGAUGAUUUCCUUUACUAUCCCCCCACGUGUAUUUGUAAUCUUAUUAUUAAUUCCACUUCUACUCUUGAUCACCUCUGCAACUCCAGCUCUAGACAUUUUUUUUCUAUUUCUUUUUCUUGUCUCAUUAAUUGAAGGCAGUGCCUUUUGACUUUGCACAUUGUAAGUUGUAUGGAAAUACUCUUCCCAUUCUCCCUGAUUCUGUCUCCCAGCCUGUUUUAUUUUGUCAAGGUUAAUAGUAUUUACAUUCUAUGCUAUAGUUACAAUUAAGUCUCCCAUUAUUUGUCUAUUCUAAAAGUUGAAAACCAGUUAGCCAGUUUUGUUUGUGUUAUAGCAAUGCUGUGUCAAUACUGGGCACUGAGCUGAGUAGUGGAGUCUUGUAUUUCUUUCCCUACAGUUUCAGUGCUGCCCUGUGCUACUCAAAAAACAUUUCUAGCAUCAAAUUCAAAUAAUAGCUGAUGAUUAUUAAGCACUCAUUAUGUGCCAGACAUUGUCCUAAGAAGAUUAAAUAUAUUAUUUCAUUUGGAUCUCCCCCAAAAGUACUAUUCUUGUUCCUAGAUUGCCAGAAAAAAAAAAUUGUCACAGAGAUGUAAAGUGACAUGCUCAACUAACAGUGGAGUCCUCAAGUUAUAAAGUGCUGUUAAUAUUUUGUGCUGUCCCACCCAUAGGUAUCCCUAGAGCAGCUAGCUGCCGUUUGACAGUUUCUGGAAAAGUCUUUAUGUCCUUACUUGUGCUCCCUGAUAACAACUCUCUCUUUAUCUUCAGCCUAUGAUUGUGGGAUUUUAGGGGUAUCUGAGGUGUAAGUAUUUAGAAACUGGUGUAGACAAACCUUGGAGGAGGCUGAGUUGGGAAAUUUUAUGCGUUGGGGGAAUUUUCAUUCUUUGCUUUUUUCCCCUCCCCUCUUUCUUGUGGGAGCCUUAAGUGGGAUAGUAACAAUUGCACCCGCCUCUCUGCCCAUUAGUUGCUCAUCUUAGAAAAUCUACAGUUAACAUCAUAUUUAGUGGUGAAAUACUUAACACUUUCCUUAUAUGGGAAUGAGAUGAGGAUACCCACUGUCACCACUCUCACUAUUCAGUCAUUGCAAUAAGGGAAGAAAAAGAAAUAAGCAUAAAGGUGGGAAAGAAGUAAAAUUGUCUGUGUUUGCAGAUUACAUGACUGUGUGCCUAGAAAAUCCUAUGGAAUCCACAAAGCAGCUAUCUGAACUGGUUGAUGACAAUUAGAAGCAUGCUUUCCCCUGAACUUCCCGACAACACCUGUUACGCAGAAUGUCUCUGAGUGAGAACUCGGUUUUUGCCUAUGAAUCUUCUGUGCAUAGCACCAAUGUUUUGCUCAGCCUUAAUGACCAGCGGAAGAAAGACGUGCUAUGCGAUGUCACCAUCUUUGUGGAGGGUCAGCGGUUCCGCGCUCACCGGUCCGUGCUGGCGGCAUGCAGCAGUUACUUCCACUCGAGAAUUGUAGGCCAGGCUGAUGGAGAGCUGAACAUUACUCUUCCAGAAGAGGUGACAGUUAAAGGAUUUGAACCUUUAAUUCAGUUUGCCUACACUGCUAAACUGAUUUUAAGUAAAGAGAAUGUGGAUGAAGUGUGCAAAUGUGUGGAGUUUUUAAGUGUACACAAUAUUGAGGAAUCCUGCUUUCAGUUUCUGAAAUUUAAGUUUUUGGACUCCACUGCAGACCAGCAAGAAUGCCCAAGAAAAAAAUGCUUUUCAUCACACUGUCAGAAAACAGAUCUUAAACUUUCACUUUUGGACCAGAGGGAUCUAGAAACAGAUGAAGUGGAGGAAUUUGUGGAAAAUAAAAAUGUUCAGACUCCUCAAUGUAAACUCCGCAGGUAUCAAGGAAAUGCAAAAGCCUCGCCUCCUCUGCAAGACAGUGCCAGUCAGACAUAUGAAUCCAUGUGCUUAGAGAAGGAUGCUGCUCUGGCCUUGCCUUCUUUAUGCCCCAAAUACAGAAAAUUCCAAAAAGCAUUUGGAACUGACAGAGUCCGUACUGGGGAAUCUAGUGUCAAAGACAUUCAUGCUUCUGUUCAGCCAAAUGAAACGUCGGAAAAUGAAUGCCUGGGAGGAGUCCCGGAGUGUAGAGAUUUGCAGGUGAUGUUAAAAUGUGACGAAAGUAAAUUAGCAAUGGAACCCGAAGAAACGAAGAAAGAGCCUGCUUCUCAGUGUCCAACUGAAAAAUCAGAAGUGACUCCUUUCCCCCACAAUUCUUCCAUAGACCCUCAUGGACUUUAUUCUCUGUCUCUUUUACACACAUAUGACCAAUAUGGUGACUUGAAUUUUGCUGGUAUGCAAAACACAACAGUGUUAACAGAAAAGCCUUUGUCAGGUACAGAUGUUCAAGAAAAAACAUUUGGCGAAAGUCAGGAUUUACCUUUGAAAUCCGACUUGGGCCCCAGGGAAGAUAGUAGUGUUGCAUCUAGUGAUAGGAGUAGUGUGGAGCGCGAAGUGGCAGAACACCUAGCCAAAGGCUUCUGGAGUGACAUUUGCAGCACCGACUCUCCUUGCCAAAUGCAGUUAUCACCUGCUGUGGCCAAAGAUGGCUCAGAACAGAUCUCACAGAAACGGUCUGAGUGUCCCUGGUUAGGUAUCAGGAUUAGCGAGAGCCCAGAACCAGGUCAAAGGACUUUUACAACGUUAAGUUCUGUCAACUGCCCUUUUAUAAGUACUCUGAGUACUGAAGGCUGUUCAAGCAAUUUGGAAAUUGGAAACGAUGAUUAUGUUUCAGAACCCCAGCAAGAACCUUGCCCAUAUGCUUGUGUCAUUAGCUUGGGAGAAGACUCGGAGACGGACACUGAAGGAGACAGUGAAUCCUGUUCAGCCAGGGAACAAGAAUGUGAGGUAAAGCUGCCAUUCAAUGCACAACGGAUAAUUUCACUCUCUCGAAAUGAUUUUCAGUCCUUGUUGAAAAUGCACAAGCUUACUCCAGAACAGCUGGAUUGUAUCCAUGAUAUUCGAAGAAGAAGUAAAAACAGAAUUGCUGCACAGCGCUGUCGCAAGAGAAAACUUGACUGUAUACAGAAUCUUGAAUCAGAAAUUGAGAAGCUGCAAAAUGAAAAGGAGAGCUUGUUGAAGGAAAGAGAUCACAUUUUGUCAACUCUGGGCGAGACAAAGCAGAACCUAACUGGACUUUGCCAGAAAGUUUGUAAAGAAGCAGCUCUGAGUCAAGAACAAAUACAGAUACUCGCCAAGUACUCAGCUUCAGAUUGCCCACUUUCAUUUUUAAUUUCUGAAAAAGAUAAAAGUACUCCUGAUGGUGAACUGGCCUUACCAUCAAUUUUCAGUUUAUCUGACGGGCCUCCAGCAGUGCUGCCUCCUUGUGCCAGAGGAAACAGUGAGUCCGGCUACACGCGGGGGCAGGAGUCCCAGCAGACAUCCACAGCCACCUCUGAGCAAGCCGGGCCUGCGGAACAGUGUCGUCAGAGUGGUGGAAUCUCAGACUUCUGUCAGCAGAUGACUGAUAAAUGUACUACUGAUGAGUAAACUUGCAUUCACUUCCUUCAAACCAUCUAAUUUUCUACUGAAGUUUUGGCAGUGUCUUGAAAGCCUAAUAUGACCAUCUGUUGCUUAACAAUAUUGUUUUUCCCUUUAGUAGUUUGCCAUAAGGGAAUUUCUCUUAAGUCAACCAUGAUUUCUCCUUGAUUUCCGCAAGAGACAAAGAAACGAUUUUGCCUCCUGGAUAUCAGAAAAAUCCAUGUGAAAAUGUAGUAAACCUUUAAAACUCAUGUUUUACAGAAUAAUAACUCUAGUAAUAACUCUUCUUGCUAUUCAGAACAAGUAGGAGAAUGAAAACUGCAGCAUAUCAGACAGCAAUUUAACAGCUUGAAACGUCUACAGAUAGUUCCUACUAAAAGAAGUGGCCUGCAGAAGUUUAAUAAUUUGACAUUUUUGUAAUAUUUUAGAUUGAAAGAAAAUUUCUGCCCAAGCAAUGCUAAUAGAGUUCUGUUCUCAGCUGAAACAGGGUGUCAGCUACUGGGAAUAUUUUUGUAGAGCUGCAUUGUGAAAAAUAGAUGGUCUUACCUGAAUCUUAGGGCUUUGCUCUUUGGCUCCUAAAAUCAGGUUUUAAGCUACAUUGGGAAGAUUUCAUAAACAGGCAAGUGGUUGGCCUAAGAUGGGGGCUUCUUCUCUUCAGUAUGGACUCUAGAAAGUCUGGCUGCAUAAACAGAUUAAGUGUCACUUUCCCUCUUUUUUUCCCCCCUCUUCAGUCUUUACCGUAUCUGGUCCCAUCAUGGACUUCCUGUUUCCUGGCGUUCUUGUCCCUUUGGAAGAAGAACUAGGACUCAGAAUACAGUGGCAUGAGUGAUCAUACUGGCAGCACUAUCUCAGGCUCCCUAGAAUCUGGAGAGCUUACCAACAUGUGAAGCUGUCCACUUUGCCACCAUGGGUGACCAGUGCCGGAAAAGCAGACAUCACGGGGAAAGAAUAUUGCUUACGUUUUACCAGGAGUGCAGUUCAUUUUUUCAUCCUGUUUUUGAAGUCGUAUGGUUCACUUGUAAAAAGCAUUGUUACAGAUAAAAAUGUAUUUGCAGCAACUCUGCAGGUUUGUGAAAUAGGAUGAACUCAAUCUUUUCCUAUUGUGGGUUUGCAUUUGAAAACCAGGUUUAAUCCUUGCUCUCCUCCCCAAAUUUGGUGUGGUAUAAAGACACACAAAUCAUUUUAACUUGGGCAUUUAAAGAUCAGUCUUAGUGUUUGUUCAGUCCUGUUACAAAAUAGAUAAUUGAGCACCUAUCGCAAAACAUUUUGCAGUGACUUUUAGUCAUGUUGGAGUUAGAUUUGUUUGAGAGUCAAAUGAAAGCUAUGGAUCUUCUCAGCAAUUAAAAAAAAUGCAUAUAUUCACAUUCACAGAAACGUUGGCAGAACCCAGUUUUAAUGGUGCAGAGGAGUAGUUUAUAGUGUUGAUUUCACCGAAAUCAGAGGACUGAAAGAGACACUUCUAUGGACUGCAUCCUGAGCCUAGUGCAGGGCUUGUCUAGCUAAUGUGGGCAACCACCACCCACUGGGUAUGAAAUCUGAAGCAAGUUGGCCUUGCCUGUGAGAGUAUAUGGGGACCAGUCUUCAUGUCUUGGAGUAAUUUGUCAAAUGUUACCCUUUUUGAUCAGGAUGUAGGGGGAGGAUAUUGCUAGUAUAUUUUCAGUAGUUUGUAUGUUAUCUCUGUUAUUGACUUAUUUGUAAGAGAAAAUUAGUUGGACUUGUUUAUUUUCUAGUAGCUUUUAUAAGUACACUCAAGAAUUUGUCAGGGAGAAUAAUUCUAAUAAUGCGUCCCAUACUGCAAAAGAAUUUGUGUGUGUGUGUGUGUGUGUGUGUAUAUGUGUGUGUGUAUACAUACAUAUAUUCUCCCCAUAUAGGUAUUUCUUUGAUACUUGUAAUUUUAAAUUUCAACUUCACAAUAUAAAAUAAUGUAAGAACUUGUGGUUUACAAAAUGUAAAAUCUUAAGCCAAUGGAACCCUUGAUUUCCUACCUCAGUGUACACUCAACUAUUGGUCGUAUCAGUUUGUGUAUGUGCAAAUGUCAAAUAAUCUUUUGCUUUAAUUGCUACUGUACUUGCUUUGAAAGAUUACUAUUUUAUGAUAAAACGUAGUUGUCUCCAGAGCUUAAAUAUAAUUUGUAAAGCACUUGGUUUAAAUUUCUCUCUACCUAUGAACAGUUUAGCAUUAAGGGUUUCUAUUAAUGACAUAUAAUUAUUGGCCAAGUGUAAUUUCUUAAAAUUUAGCAUUACUUUAAAUAGCCAGCAUGUAAUACAAGUAACUACACUACCUCAUAUCUACAUGAUUUUCAAGUUGUAAUGCAGAUGGACAGAUAAAAAAGAUUUUAUCUUUGUCUUUUGGCCAUAAGUGGGGAAGUUUUCUGUAUAUUGCAUAGCAUUACACAUUUAUGCCUAUUUUAACAUUAACUUCUAAAGAAGUUUUUUCUAAGAAAAUGUUUCAAGGCAAUAUUUUUUUUGAGGCUGCCGAAGACAAAUGACAGGAUUAUGAGUAUACAGUGUAUGCCUUUUCCUUCAUGCAGAAGUUUGAAAUGUUUUCAGUUUGUAUAUUGCAUAUUCACAUGAUCAUUGUUCACUAUUUUAUGAACCGGCCUUCUCAAUGCGUGAUGAUUUUUUUAAAAAGCUGUUAUGUUGAAUUCAGUAAAAUAACAUUACCUUAUUUUUUUUUUCUUACUCAUUCUGGAACUAUAGCAAAUAAUUUGUUAAAUUGUCAUAUUCAGAACAAAUGUAGAUACAGUCUUGGUUCUCCAUCUGUAAUUUUUUUUUAACAGUUUGCUAUAGCUUACUGCUUAACGAAUUUUAAAUAAGGAAUUAAGUAUGUUAGAUGCAGUAGACGAUACAGGUUGCAUGUGGACACUCAGCCACAUUAACAACUUGGGGAAAACAAUGGCAACGUUACAGUGAAUUCUCAGGUGAACUUUUUUCAGUUAUAAAACAUCUAUUUUGAAUUUGUAAAUAUUUUAAAUGUUUUAUUAAGGCAUGUAAUAAACUAUUCUUUGAAACUUAUUGGGUAGAAUGAAAACUUAAAGCCAUAAUGGUAAAAGGUGGCAUACUGAUUAUAAAAGAAACAGAAAAACAUUGAUUUUUUUUGUAUCUUUCAUAAUAUUUUCUAACAAUGCAAUAAAACCACUAAACUUCUAUGUCCAUAUUUUACUGAGACCACGUUUCAUUAAAAGCAUACUUUCAUAGUAUUUAAUUUACAUUUUCUUCCUAAUGUUCUUACCCAAAUGUACCUGAACUAUAAAAUGUUAGAUGUUGGUGAUAAAUUGACAGUUAAAUAAAAUUCUCUAAAAUUGCUUCUAAUUUAA